UGAUCUCUGGGCACUAAGCCAGCGGGUUGUCUUGGAGGUGCUAGGGCAGGAACACCUACCCUGCCAUGCUGCGCUGUCUGCUCUCCAGGCUGCCAGUCAGGAUGUCGAGCAGGACUUCAGAAAAUCAGUCAAGGAGGGACAGCUCUCAGACCCCUUCCCGGUGUCUUAUCCAUAGACUUGACCACAUCGUGAUGACAGUGAAGAGCAUCAAAGAUACCACUAUGUUCUAUUCCAAGAUCCUGGGCAUGGAGGUCAUCACUUUCAAGGGAGACCGAAAAGCAUUGUGCUUUGGAGACCAAAAAUUUAACCUCCAUGAGGUGGGAAAGGAAUUUGAACCCAAAGCUGCUCAUCCUGUUCCAGGCUCCCUGGACUUAUGUCUGAUCACAGAGGUGCCUUUGGAGGAGAUGAUCCAGCAUCUAAAGGCUUGUGAUGUCCCCAUUGAGGAGGGGCCAGUUCCCAGAACAGGAGCAAAGGGGCCUAUUAUGUCUGUCUACUUCCGAGACCCAGACAGAAAUCUAAUUGAGGUGUCCAACUAUGUCUCCUUGUGAUUGAUACUGGUCCUCAGCCAUUUUGUUUCCCUCCAUGUUACCUUCUCCCUUCCUUCCCAAAAAUCCUUGCCCAGGCCCAGAGACCUUCAUGGACUGAGGACUUCAGCAGUUCACACAUCCUGUUGAGGGCAUGUGAGACAGGUGUGGGACCAAACCUACAUAUCUGGAUGAUCUUCAUUCAAGCUGUGCCAAAAAAAAAAAAAAUGGAUAAUCCCACCACAGUAGCUCAUUGUUCUUUUUGUCUCACCACUUCACCUGGGGUUUGUCUAGGAUAUGAGUUUUCUAAACUCUUUAGAGGUCCAUGACUGGUUAAGACAUCUCUGAGGACCAAAUGCAGGUCUUUUCCUUGGGAUUCAAAACCUCUGACAGAUUUCUACUUGUCUGUGAUGCAUCCUUCUUCCUCCUUAUCUGACUUGCCUCAUUCCUCUGACUUUUUUUUCCCCUUCACCCUAUGGGCCUCACUGAACCUCCGGAUCUAUAUAAUUCCUAUGAGAUCUUCCAGGACCAGCCCAGAUGAUGCACCUUCUCCUGGAGAGACUUCUCUGGUCUCACUCUCAGGGCAUCUAGCACUUUCUCCCUUAUUGAGACUCAGCCGCUGACUGAGUAUAUGGGAUAAGGUCAAGUUUCUUCUGUUUCGGUCCCCCCACCACUGCCACACCUUUUACUCAUUUAGUCAACUAAAACACAUAUAUUGAGCAUCUAUUGUGUGGUGGGUCCUGUCUUAGGCAUUAGAGAGAUGGUGUUGAACAAAAAGGAUAAGUAUAUCUAUGCCUGUGGUGCUGCCAUUCAAGUGGGAGAGAUAGAAAAUCAGUAAAACUAAAAAAGAUGUUGGGGGCUGUAGAUCUUUGGUAGAGCACUUGCUUAGCAUAUGUGGGGCACAGGAUGGGAUUCUCAGCAUCACAUAUAAAUAAAUAAAUAAUCAAUAAAAUAAAGGUCCACUGACAUCUAAAAAAAUUUUUAAUAAAGGGUGUUUGGAAGGGAGGAAUAGAGAAAGGAUGGUUAAUGAGUAUAGAGGUGCAGUUAUAUAAGAGGAACAACUUCUAAGUUUUUAAAAAAUAUUUUGUUAUUUUAGUUGUAGUUGGAACAAUGACUUUAUUUUAUUUAUUUAUUUUUAUGUGGUGCUGAGGAUCAAACCCAGCACCCCACAUGUGUUUGGCAAGCACUCUACCACUAAGCCACAAUCUCAGCCCCAUCUUCUAAGUUUCUAUAGCACAGUAUGUUUGGCAACAAUUAAUUGAAUUUUUUCAACUAGCUAAUAGAGGGGAUUUUGAAUGUUCUCAACAUAUAGAAAUUAUCUACGUCUGGGGUAAUAGGCAUGUCAAUUGCCCUGAUCUGAUCAUUACACAUUGUGUACAUGUCUUGAAAUGUCAUACUGUAUCUCAUCAAUAUUAUAAUUAUUCUGUUGAUUUCUAAGAAAUUAUUAGUUAAUUAAUUAAAAAGAAAGAGAAAAAUAACUAAGAUAUUAGAUAUGCUAGAGACCGAUAAAUACUUUGGAGAAAAAGAAAACAUGGAGGUUAGCAGUAUAGUUCAGUGGUAGAGUGAAUGCUGAGCCCAUACAAGGUCCUGGAUUUCUUCUCCAGCACUAAAAGAAAACACAGAAAAGAGGGGAUGCUGAUAAACAUUGCUGGAGCAAUUUACAAUGUUUAAUGGGAUUGUCCAGGAAAGCCUGACUGAAGAGACAUUUGAACACAGACCUGAAGACUUGAGGGAUAAACCACACAGCUACCCAGAGGAAGAAUGCACCAAGCUGAAUAGGCAGUACAAAGGCCCUGAGGCAGGAAUGGAUGUGGUGUGCAUGUGAGGAACAGCUAGAGAGGGGCACAGUAGGAGGAGUGAGAGAGAAAGUUUGGGUAGGGCCUCGUGGACCAAGGUGAAGACUUUGGCUUUUAUUCUGAGUGAGUGGAGCCACCGGAGGGUCCUGAGCAGAGGGAAUUUAUCUGAUCCAGGUUUAACCGGCUCCUGCAGGCUACUAUAUGGAAACUAGACUGUCAGGGAAGGGCAGAAGCAGGGGUGCCAAGGAGGAGGAGGCCACCGCAGUGGUCCUUGUGAGCCAUGAAGGUGGUGGCAGAGUAGGUGAAAAAAAAGGUGGUUAGACUCUGGCAAUAAUUUGAAAAUAGGGACUGAAUGAGUUCAUCAAGCAAAAAUGUCAACUAAAGAAGCCUGAGCACCUUUAGAGGUUUGAAACAAGAUGAGGUUCAGGCAAGGAGGAAGGGGAAGUGUACAGAUGGAUUCCUGAAUGAAUAUAUGAUGGAUGAAAGAACAGGUAUGAGAGUCUCUUGAAGUAAAGAGGCCCUUAAUCUUGUGAACUCUGGUCUCUAAAUACUCUCCAGCUGGAUCCUAUGAGUGAACUCCCAGGGACCCCCCCAAAAUGCUAUAAAGAAUGGAAAUGUGAGGAUGGAAGCUUUGGCACAUAAAGGGCUUUGCCAAAAACUGUAGUAAGUUUCCUGUCUGAUUUUAAAAGACAGCUUGCCUUGGAUCCAAAAAUUAUAAGCCUGGAGAUAGAUGAUUUACAGAAGGAAGAGAAAGGAAGAGGGAGAGAGGGAGGAAAGGGAGAAUGAAUGGGCAAAUGGGUGGAUGGAUGAAUGGAUGGGUGGAAAAGGAGAUGGAUAGAUGGGUAGAGAUGGGUACUGUUAGAUUUCUAUUGCUGUGACAAAUACCUGAGAUAAAUCAGGUAUUAAAAGGAGGAAAGAUUUAUUGUGGAUCACAGUUUCAGAGGUUUCAGUCCAUGGUCAUUUGUCCUGGUUGUUUUGGGCCUAUGGCAGCAUAGCACAUCCUGGCAGGAGCAUGUGGUGGAGGAAAACUGUUUACUUCAUGACUGCUGGGAAGCAAAAGACAGAGAGGAAGGGGCCAGGGUCCUAAUAUCUCCUUCAAGGGCAGGCCCCCAGUGACCACUAGGCCCCACCUCAUAAAGGUUCCACAACCUUCAAAUGGUCCCAGCUGUUAAAAGCUUGGUUGCUUUUAGGCCAGGUGUGGUGGCACACAUCUGUAAUUCCAGCAUCUCAGGAGGCUGAGGCAGAAUCAUCAGUUCAAAGCCAGCCUCUGCAACUCAGUGAAGCCCUAUGCAACUCAGAGGGACUUGUCUCAAAAUAAAAUGUAAAAAGGGGCUGGGGAGUGGCUGUGGCUGUGGCUCAGUGGCAGAGCACUUGCCUAGCAUGUGCAAAGUGAUGGGUUCAAACCUCAGCACCACAUAAAAAUAAAUACAUAAAAUAAAGAUAUUGUGUCCAACUACAAUAAAAAAAAAUUUAAAAGGGCUGGGGAUGUGGCUCAGUGGUUAAGUGUCCCUGGGUUCAAUCUCUGGUACCGGGAAAAAAAAAUAAAGCUUGGUUGCUUUUAACUUUGGGGGACACUCUAGACACAAACUAUAAAAAAUGGAUUAAAUGAAGUGUGGUAUAUUAAGUCAAUGAAUUAUUACUUAACAAUAAAGUAGAAUGAGCUUAAGAGGCCAAUAUUAUUCUGAUAAGAAAAUCAAAGACAUGGGCUGAGGCUGUGGCUCAAUGGUAGAGCAUUUGCCUCACACAUGUGAGGCACUGGGUUUGAUACUCAGCACCACAUAAAAAUAAAUAAACAAAAUAAAGAUAUUGCAUUCAUCUAUAACUAAAAAAUAUUUUUUUAAAUAAGAAAAUCAAAGACAUGACAAGAAAACUAUAGCCUGAUAUCUCUUUUAAAUAUAGGUGCAAAAUCCUCAACAAUUACAAAUAAAUAGAAUCCAGCAACAUAUAAAAAGAUUAUCCAUCAUAAUCAAGUAGAACUUAUCCCAUAAAUGCAAAGUUGGGUCACCAUAUUAAUAGAAUAAAGGACAAACAGCACAUGACAAAAACCCCUCCAUGAUAUAAACACACUCAACAACCAGAAAUAGAAGAGAACUUCCUCAACAUGAUAAAGGGUAUCUACAGAAAACCCACAAGUAACAUCACACUCCAUAAUGAAAGACUGAAACCUUCCCCCAAAGAUCAGGAACUACACAAGGAGGUCCCUGAUCACCACGUCUAUUCAACAUUCAACUAGAGGUUCUAGCCAGGGCAAUUAGGCAAGAAGAAGAAAUAAAAGACAUCCACAGGCUGGGGUAGUGGCUCAGCAGCAGAGUACUUGCCUAUCAUGUGUGAGGCACUGGGUUUAAUCAUCAACACCACAUAUGAAUAAAGAAAUAAAAUAAAGGUCCAUCAACUAAAAAAACAAACAGUAUAUAGAUAUAUAAAUCAAAGACAUCCAGAUUUGAAAAGAAGUAAUUAAAACUAUCUCUAUUUGAGAGGACAUGAUUUUGUACUUUGAAAAUCUUAAGGAAUACAACAAAACCAGUAGAACUCCAUUAGUAUUUAAACCCAGCAAGGAUGCAGGAGACAAGAUUUUGUAUGAGGCAAGAUACAAGGUUUUGUAUGAGACAAGAUCAUACAAAAACUUAAUCAUAACAUGGACAAGGCAGAGCAUGCCUGUGAUCCCAGGGAGUCCAAGGCAGGAAGAUCACAAGUUCAAAGCCAGACUCAGCAACUUAAUGAGGCCCUAAGCAACCUAGUGGGACCCUGUCUCUAAAUAAAAAAUAAAAAAUAGGACUGGGGAUGUGGCUCAGUGGCUAAGCACCCUUGGGUUCAAUCCCUGGUACUAAAAUUGAAAAAUAAGAGAUAUUAUUGGAUUAAGCAUAAUCUUAUUCUUAGGUCCUAUAUUGGCUGAGCUAAAUUUGUAGCUUGUAGAAAUUAAGAAAAAUGUGAAUAAAUAUGACAGAUCUAUGGUAAAUUAAAAAAUAUAGGGGAAAAUGAUCAAUAGAGUAAAGAAGGAAGAUCAGCAGAAUGGAGGAGGGGAAGGAAUAAGGAAGUUCAAAACCAGUAGAACUCCAUUAGUAUUUAAACCCAGCAAGGAUGCUGGGAUUGAAACAGAACAAACUAUGUUAUAUACAUUUAUGAAUAUAUUCAAAAGAACCCCACUAUCAUGUAUAACUAUAGACACUAAUAAAAGCAUUUUAAUCCCACAAAAUCUAUAAAAUUAUGAAAAAAUAUAUAGCAGGGUUGUGGUAUAGCUUAGUAGUAGAACACUUGCCUAGCAUGUGCCAGGUCCUGGGUUCAAUCAAAAUACCUCAAAAAAAUAGUUGUGCUGUUUUAAGGAGCACUCCAAAAGAAGCACUCCAGCCAGGUGCAGUGGUGCACACCAGUAUCCCAGUGGCUUGGGAGGCUGAGGCAGGAGGAUCACAAGUUCAAAGCCAGCCUCAGCACUUUAGUGAGGCCCUGUCUUAAAAUUAAAAAAAAGGGCUGGGGACAUGGCUCAGUGGUUCAGUGCCACUGAGUUUAUUACCUGGUACCAAAAACAAAAUCCACCCCAACAACCUAGUUGCAGCAAGAUAUAGGUAAUUUAGUUAACAAAGAAAGUGAUAUGCCUCUUUCUGAUGACAGGGGUUGUUUUGUUUUUUGUUGGAGAGGUGCUGGGAUGGAUCCUAGAGCCUCACUACAUGCCAUGAAAGUACUCUACCACUGAGCUACAUCCCCAGCCCUUUUUUUGUUUUAUUUUGACACAGAGUCUAAGUUGCCCGGCUGGCCUCAAAUUUGUGAUACUCCUGCCUUAGCCUCUUGAAUUGCAAGGAUUACAGAUGUAUGCCACCAUACCCAGCUAAGUGUAAUAUUCUGCUGUUCUCCAUGUAGUAAUUUAGUAAAAAACUUUAAAAAAAUUAAAUAAUUGGGGCAUGGAGUCCAGCUGUGCCCAUAGUCCCAGCUACUGGGGAGUAUGAGGCAGGAGGAUUGCUUGAGCCUAGGAGUUCAAGGCCAACGUGGGCAACAUAGUGAAACCUCCUCUCUCAAAACAAAGAAAGCAAGGCAAAAAUAAAAAAGACAAAGAAUGGUGAGAUUUCUCAUUUAGAUUUAUUGCAAAGUAAUAAAUUGGUAACGUCCUUCCAACCUCUGCAGAGUACUGCAGUACUUAAAAGUAAAGGCUAACUAUCAUGCAUAUAAGAUUACAUGACCUGUGUAACUCUACAUCAUGUACAACCAGAAGAAUGUGGAGUUAUAUUCCACUUAUGUUUGAUGUGUUAAAUGCAUUUUACCAUCAUGUAUAACUAAUUAGAACAAAAUUGAAAAAUUUUAAAAAGAAGUAAAGGCUAACUAUCCACAGACUUAAAACCCAAUCAUGAGACAAUGAUCACAUGUAUUAAUGUCAGUUUUUUUGUGCAUACCUAUAAUUCUAGCUGUUUAGGAGGUUGAGGCAAGAGGAUCACAAGAUCCUGGAGGUCAGCUUGGGAAGCUUAGACAUUGUCUCAAAAAAAGAUUUAAAAGGCCUAGGGUGUAGUUUAGUGGUAGAGUGUUUGCCUAGUUUGUGUGAGGUCCUGGAUCUGAUCCACAAUUUAAAAAAUUACCUCUUGCAAAUCCAUGAAACAAAAAAUAUUGAAUUUGCAAUGCAAAUUGAAAAUGAACAGAGGUCAGAAAAAACAGCAGUCACUGACUUGAGCAGAUGAGUUUUUUCUUAUAGGAGUAUUUGAUUUCUAGUGUGUUUUGUGUGAUAUUCAACUACAAAGCAAAUAGAUUUUGAAGCAGUUCAAAACCAAAGUUGCUAUCACAGAGUUCCAUGAAAUGCAAUUAUACAGAGAAAAUCAAAUAUGGAGGAAACAGUCCAGUACAUACCAUUCCCAUAGGAAAAGAACAAUGUCCAGUCACCCUGACUGGACCUCUUUUGUGUUUCAGACUUUAACUACAGGGCACCUGGCUUGCCUUCUUGGAUUCCUAACUCCUGGCUUUUAAUAACUGCUUCUCUCUUCAGAACCUUUUGUUUGUUUGUUUGUUUGUUUUAGGAAUACUUGUAUUUCAAAAAUACACAAAAGCAAAGGGAAGCACAUCUAAUUACUGAACAGAAGUAAUAUGUUGAUAUUUUGGUAUAUAACAUUAAAGGGAUUUUUGUUCUAUUGUGUUGUGGUGCUGGGGAUGGAACCCAGGGCCUCGAACAUACUUUGUGAGUGCUUGCUCUUUCACUGAGCUAUAUUCCCAACCCUUUUAGUUUUCUGUAUGCAUGUUUAUACAUUUUAAUUUUUUGUCCAAAUUAAAGUCAUUCUCUGCCAUUUGUAA